UUUCGGCAGUAAAUGGAAUAAGAAAUCUUUACUUCAUGCGUUAGGAUUUAAAUUAACAGUAACAGUAGUGUAUUGUAAAUGGAUAGCAACGUGACAACGCUGGCUCUACAAGGAACCACGCCGGCUGCUUUCACGCAUAAUGUUUCAACUUCAUAUAAUGCAACAAACGGAACUGCAGCUAUUAUGUCCCAAAAAGGAAUGGCGCACCAUGUUAUAGGCAUGACUCUAGCAAUAUCGGGAAACCUACUGAUAAGUGUUUCGUUAAGCGUUCAAAAGAAAGCACAUAACAGGUUGGGUCACCACAGUCAAGCAAAAUACUGUAUGGACAAAUGGUGGUGGACGGGCAUGCUGCUGAUGGUUCUAGGAGAGUUGGGAAACUUCAUGGCUUAUGGGUUCGCGCCUGCGUCUCUUGUAGCCCCACUGGGGAGCGUGGCAGUUCUAGCUAAUGCUGUUAUUGCUGUUGUGUUUCUGAGAGAGCCGCUUACCACUUCUAGUAUGAUGGGAGUCACUUUAGUUUUGAUGGGUUCCCUAACUCUAAUUUCAUUUUCCGCCAAAACUCGACCAACUUUAUCGUCGGAACAAAUCAUGGAAUAUCUAAAAGCCUGGACGUUUCUACUUUAUAUUGGAAUCGAAGCAAUUGUACUGAUCGUUCUACUUUUUAUUAAGUACGUGAGAAAGAACGAGCAUUUGGUUAUUUUACUUCUAUUAGUUGGUAUUAUCGCUUCUGUAACUGUGAUUGCAUCGAAAGCUAUUUCUACAAUGAUAUCUGAAUCUAUUUUCCAAAACAAGUUACAGAUUAUGAACGUUGUAUUCUGGGUGUGCUUGGUUAUACUACCUAUUACUACAGCUACUCAAAUACGAUUACUUAACAGGGCUAUGCAACUGUAUGAUGUAUCUGACGUUGUGCCAGUAAAUUUCAUGUUUUUUACUGUGAGUGCUGUACUAGCGGGAGCUAUUUUCUACAAAGAAUUCGAGGGUGUUGCUUUUGAUCGAGUGUUUAUGUUCAUAUUUGGAUGUUUGCUUUCAUUUGCUGGCGUUUAUAUUAUUUCCCAUCAAAAUGACCACAAAAACAAGGAACUAGAAAAACAGCGAGCGGCUACAGGUGACAGCGGUCUAGAGUCUGCAUCUACAAAAUCUGACGUGUCAGUUUCAAUUGACUCCAAUGACGUGAACUCUAUAACGGACGUAGAAGAUGCGCCAGGUAGCGGAAAAGCUUCAAAAUCUUCACCGUCACAGGGGGGCAACAGUGAGCAUACUCAUUUGAUCAAGCGGGAGAGGUCAGACAAAGGCAAGCCAAUAAAAGAUACGUCGAACUCAAGCUCGUCAGUGUUUAAAGGAUUAGUUGAAAUGUUAAAAAAAUCUAAAACGAUCAAAAACGCUCAACAAAAAGACUCGAAAAAUAAACCGUAAAAAAUAAAGUUUUGCGUUCCCAUAAAUUUUAAAAACAAUUGUGAAGUUUUCAAAAACAAAUGUAAACACAAAUUUUGAAAACAGUUGUAAACUAAAAAAUUAAAAAAUUGUGCCUACACUUUUUUUUAAACGGAAUAGUCUAUAAAGAAAUUGUGUUUUAUAUAUUAAUUACUGAAUCAAAUAAUAACGUACUUUAUAUAAUGUAUCCAAAGUAUAGAUGAAAGUGGUACAUAAAACCUCCUGUUUUAUUUGUAUUAUAUAUUUAUUUUUGUAUCGUUUAUCUCAAAUUUUCGCCAAUUUUUAUUUUUUUUAUUUUAAGCCUAAACAUUGUACUGUGGGGUAAGAUGGGAUACCGUUGGCACCUGAAUCCCAUAUUUCAUGAUUUUGUUUAAACAAUUAACAACGCUCUUUUAGAGUCUAGAGGCUACUGUUUUUUAUUUCCAUAAAUAUGAUUUGUUUAGUACCAAAUGAGACGAGAAAAAAAGAAUGAAAACAUGUUCCAUCUUACCCCACCCUGCUACACUUGUAGCACCAAUGUGAAUUAAGGUUCUAGUCUAAUUACUAUUGUAUUACGCCUUGAAAAUAAAGUGAAACGUUUCUUGUUUACCAUAAA